ACCGGAAGCAGUUAACCGUUUCCGGGUCGCCGGUCGCCAUGUUUGAAACGGCUAAGCUUUAUUGUGCACGUCACCGGAUUGUUCAGCAGAGAAGUUUAAAUAAAGAGCUGCAGCUUUGAAUGAAAGAGCCGCCAUCAGGAUGAUGGAGCUCCCGGACUUCAGCAGGCAGCUGAUGCAGCAGCUGUGGACCCUGAGGAAGGAGGGUCUGUUCUGUGACUGCACCAUCCGGGUGGGAGACAGUCCCUACCCGGCUCACAAAGUCAUACUGGCCGCCUCCAGCAUGCUCUUCAGGUCGCUGCUGAUCGGCUCUGACACCAUCUCCAUCGACACCGACGUGGUUUCCUCCCAGGAGUUUGGCUCGCUCUUAGAGAUGCUCUAUACCGGCAAGUUACCUCUUGGGAAACACAACGCCAGCCGCAUCGUCGCCGCCGCCGACAGCCUGCAAAUGUUAGAUGUAGCCGUGGGCUUUAAAAAGGUCGUCAGCGCACUGGUGGGUCAGAAAGCUCCUCAGCUGGAGCAAUCCAUGCAGACGAGCAGCCAGGAGAGCCCUGCAGGGUCGGCCUCCCCGACGAAGGAGGACUCGGCUUCGGAGCAGAUGGAGACGACGGCUGAGCUGGAGGAGAAACGUUACCAUGACUACAAACAGGAGGCAGAGGAGCCAAGUGAGGAUCUCUCUGACACCUCGGGACUGGAAAAGGCAGGAAGUCCAGGGAGAGCAGCGGAAGACGGCAGCACCUCUGCCUCAGAGGAGUCCGGGGGAGCCGCGGCUCAGCUGCUGCAGUCGUCCUCUCAACUGGUGGAGCUCCUCAGCAGCACUCCGUCUGUCCUGGAGCUGCUGAGGCAGGCGGCACAGAGCGGUCUGGAUGAACGGGACAGACAGGUAGCACAGGCUGUAAGCGAGUGCUAUGAGGACGUGGAACCAGGCGCUGCGUUGGAGAAGCUGAUGGGCAAACUGAGUACCGGAAGGAUCAGUGAGGAGUCGCUCCUUCGGCUGCUCCAGAACAUCCAGAGGAAAGCUCUGUUGACCUUCCCUCCCCCGCUGGCCUCCCUGCUGGAAGAUCUGGACGGUCAAACGCUGCAAGGCGAAGCCGUCCGUGAACAGCCAGACGACUCCAUGAGGGAAAUAAAGUCAGAGGGAGCGGAGGCCAAUGAGGAGGAGGAGGAGGCAGCUAAUGCUGAAGCAGACCUCUCCGCCUCCAAGCGCUUCCCCUGCCGAUGGUGCAAGAAGGCGUUCAACUUUAAAUGCCGGAUGCUAGCCCACGUCAAGCGCUGCUCCAUGUCCCAGGAGUGCGAGGUCCAGUGUCCUCAGUGCGCCAAGAAGCUGCCCAGUCAGCGAGCUCUGCAGCGACACCGCGCCGAGGUCCACCGCAGCACGCCGCGCGUCAAGAAGAGGGUGGCGUGUGACAUCUGUGGGCGCAGCUUCGCCCACCCAUCAGGUCUGGUUUACCACAAACAAGCGGAGCAUCUAGAGGUGAAACCGUUCUCCUGCGAGGAAUGCGGCGCCACGUUCGGAGCCAAUUCCUCCCUGAAGAACCACAUGCGGCUGCACACUGGAGAGAAACCCUACCACUGUCAGCACUGUGACAUGAGCUUCAGCGUGGCAGCCGGACUGGCUUACCACACCAAGAGGAAACAUUCUGAGGGAAAGAUGUAUGUGUGUCAAUACUGUAAGGCUGUCUUCGCCCAGUCCAUUGAGCUAACGCGCCAUGUUCGGACACACACCGGCGACCGGCCUUAUGUGUGUCGGGAAUGUGGGAAGGGCUACAGCCAGGCCAGCGGACUGACGGUGCAUCUGCAGACGUCCCACAAUAUGUCUGAACCUCAUGACUGCAAGAAGUGCUGCCUCAGCUUUCAUACCUUGGAGGAACAUCAGCAACACAUCCAGGAGUUCCACCCAAAGGAGUUCCAUAAGUGCAACACGUGCAGCAAGGUUUUCCAGAGCGCUGCGCUGCUGGAAAAACACAAUGCUACUCACUCUGGAAGCAAGCCCUUCAGCUGCCAGCUCUGCAGCAAAUCAUAUCAGCAGCUGUCUGGGCUGUGGUACCACAACAGAACCAACCAUCCGGAUGUGUUUGCCAGCCAAACCCGGCAGCUCAAGACCCUGGUCCAGUGUGAGCUCUGCUUCAAGUUCUUUCCUGAUGCAGCCAGUCUGUCCACACACCAGGCUGCGGAGCACCCAGCCUCAGAGGCGCCGGCCGUCUGCGCCCCGGACAGCAGGGCCGAGCUGGGCGGCGGAGACGAAGCCCAGAAGCACGUCUGCAGCCAGCCAAUCAGCUGCUCCCUCUGCUCUCUGGUCUGCGCCUCCCAGCGGGAGCUAAAGGAGCAUCUGCUGUCCAGCCAUGUGGAGCAGGAGGCGCAGGGACAGACCUUCACCACCUACACGCAGGUGAUUUCAGCAGGAGACAAAGAGGACGGAGGGGCGGCGGCUGAGGAGCAGAGCCCCCUGGUGGCCGGACAGCAUGUGCUUGUAGCUCUCAGCGGAGGAGAGGGCAGCUCAUCGGGGGAGGUGGUGGAGGUGAACAUCGACAAGCUGCUCGGUAACUCGGUCACCUUCAUAUGCAGCGAUAAAGAGCCGCUUCUGAAAACCUAACGAAAGGAUUCGCUUCAUGACGCCGACUGUCAAUCAAUCCAGGCGGCUCAUUGGUCGGCUACGGACCAAUCAGGGAACACUGUCAGCAGCAAAUAAAAAUUUCGUUACAGUGUGGAAAAAAACAAAACUGGAGGGAAAAUGGUAACUAUGGAAACGACCUGAUGAGCGGUGAGACCGACCACCUGUGGGUCGCUGCCACUAAAUGUCCCGUUCUUUCUGAUAACUGCAUGUUUUUUUUGUUUUUUCUUUGCCUCAACGCGCAGCAUCUGGAGCCAGACGCUCGUCUGCAGCAGCCUUCUGCACAAAAACAGGUUUUAACCUCAACGAGGACGGAAACUCUGACUUCUUCUAGCCCAGGGGUCGGCAACCUGCAGCGCUUUAGCCUCCCCUUGUGGCUCCCUGGAGCUUUUUCAAAAAUUUUAUGAAAAUCGAUUUUUUUUGUUUUAAUAUGGUGUGCAGGUUGCAAACAAAAAUUAAUGAAUGUUUUCCAAUGCUGUAAACAUUUGUUUAAUAAAUAAAUUUAAACAAUAAUUGGCGUCAUAGCCAUAGAGAUCAGUGGUCAUAACUUGGAACCGGCGCGGCGCGGUGCCAGGCUAACGCAGCUGCAGGCGUGUCUCAGAAUAUGAAUCCCAAAGGGAAAAAAGGAAAAUAGUUGAUAAGAAAUGAGGAUUCAAAGAGACCGAAUCCUUCGCUUUCAUUAUCUAUGCUGAACGAUUGUCUGCGUUUUUGCUUUGUAAUGAGAGGUUGUCAAAAAAUAAAAAGAAAAAUUUGGAAAGGCUAAAUCUGCAGCCCACCACCAAGCUGGGAGGGAGAGAAAAAGUGCGAUUGCAGGAUAAAUUAGAGGAGAACAAAGAUAGAUUUAGGAAGUGGAUUCCAUUUCCAAACUCCACUACUGCUGCUAGAUUUAUGCAAGAAUGGAAAACCGUCCACAGAUCCAACAGGUGGCGCUCUGAUGCAGGUCUCUGAACUUUCUUCCAUUUUUUUCCCCAAAUCCUAAAAAUAUUAAUCAGACCAAGGAACGAUGGUGAUGGAGGAUGUGGGAUUUCCGGGUUAGAGAGCACCGCUCUGAUGUCACUUC